UCCCUGCCGGGCCACCCCCGAAGCCGCCUGCCGGCGUCCUAGCUGCGGCCGGCGAGCCGUCGUGCGGCCGCGCCCAGGUCCCGGUUCCCCAGUUCGUGGGCGGUGCGUCAGAGGAGGCGGGUGGCGCGCGGUGACGGCGGUGACCUCGGGCCGCCCGCCGGACGCAGAUGGCUCAGGCGAGGAUCAGCGCCAAGGCCAACGAGGGCCGCUUCUGCCGCUCCUCGUCCAUGGCUGACCGCUCCAGCCGCCUGCUGGAGAGCCUGGACCAGCUGGAGCUCAGGGUGGAAGCUCUGCGGGAAGCGGCCACGGCUGUGGAGCAGGAGAAGGAGGUGCUCCUGGAGAUGAUCCACAGCAUCCAGAACAGCCAGGACAUGCGGCAGAUCAGCGACGGAGAAAGAGAAGAAUUAAAUCUGACUGCAAACCGUCUGAUGGGACGAACCCUGACCGUGGAAGUAUCAGUAGAAACAAUUAGGAACCCCCAGCAGCAGGAGUCCCUCAAGCACGCCACCAGGAUCAUUGACGAGGUGGUCGGCAAGUUUCUGGACGAUCUGGGAAACGCCAAGAGUCACCUGAUGUCACUGUAUAGCGCUUGUUCCUCUGAGGUGCCUGCAGGGCCGGUGGAUCAGAAGUUCCAGUCCAUCGUGAUUGGCUGUGCUCUCGAGGAUCAGAAGAAAAUUAAGAGAAGGCUAGAGACCCUGCUAAGGAACAUUGAAAACUCUGACAAGGCCAUCAAGCUGCUGGAGCAUUCUAAAGGGGCUGCUUCUAAAACACUGCAACAGAACGCUGAAAGCAGAUUCAACUAGUGUUCAAACCUAAGAGCCCUUAAAAAUAAUCAUGUGAAAGUGCUAAAGUACUAUCUUAAGUGAUAACUAGUUCUGUUUGUUAGACAUAACAACUCAUUUGAUACUGAUAGUUGUUUCCAAUGAGGAAAAUAUCUCAGUGUUGUUAGUUUUGUGAACAACGAAACUAGAAAUAUUUUGAUUACCUUUCUGGAAGUUUUUAGAUUGAAUUUUUGUCUUGUACUAGGAUCUAGCACCUCAUAUAUAUAUCUAUAUUUUACUAUUCUGUGGAUGAACACUUAGUAUGUGGAGGAAAUGAGUGCUCAGCUAGGGGCAAGAGCAUCACAGUUCUCUCUGGGCUUUGUCUGCAAAGACACACGGGCACGUAGGGUGUUUGGUUGACCACACAUCCUGUACCUAGAGCAGCCACACACUUGACCACGCACCUGCUGUGAGCCAAGCAGUGAACUUGGAAGUAUGGAAGGGAACCUUCCCCAAGUCUUCUAUUUCAUUCAGCAGAUUUUUUAGACAUCUAUAUCAGAUUAUUUUAAACUUAAAGAUUUAUGCAUCUCAUAAUAUGAAUGUAUUUCUUGACAAUACGUGAGAAUAUGACAUAAAAUGUGGGAGACUUCGCCUCUAAUUUUACCAUUCUGAACGAUAUAUCCACUUCAUCUUUUUCCAAAUGCAUCAUUUCUUUAAUCAUUACAGAAAUACAAUGUUGUAACUUGCCUUUAAAAAGAAAAAUUAAAUGCUGUUUUAAAGUCUGCUUUUAAUUCUCAACUUAAAAACCUCUAUUCCGUGUAGUUGUACACUUUACUUGCCCAUUCCCCUUACUGGACACUUAGGUUACUUCCAGUUUGCUGCUUAUUACUGCAACAUAGUUGUAUACAUAGGGCUUUUUCCUGCUUUCUUUUGAUUUUGAUUUCUUUGUAUAAAUUCCCAGCAAUGGGUUUUACUGGGUCAAAGGGUAUAUACAUUUUCACGGCCUGAUAUGUUUCCAAAGUUUUUUUGUAUGAGUUAUAUCAAUUUAUACUGUCUUCAGUAAUUAAAAAGCAGCUGUUUCA